GUCUUGGUGAAGUGAACCCAAAAAACGCACACUUUCUCUACGUUACAAUCGUACGAUGAUAGUGUAGGGCAGUGUGCAGCAAAGCAGUAACGCGCGUGCAAAAGGAUAUCUUAAAACCUAAAUAGUGCAACACUUUGCAAGAGGAAAAAAAUAAAAAUGGCUCCCAACGCUCGCCUGUGGAAGAGAGAGGCCGAGGUGGACUCGGAUGCGGCAAAGCUUGCGGAUGUAGCCAGUACGCUAGCUACAAAAAUAUUCGGCCACAAGCAAAAGCACCAUACGACCACCACGGAGUCUGAACUUGAGCUGGAAGAGAAUGAAGAUUUCAGCACAGCAUCGCCCACCAAGGGGGAGGCGGAAAAGUUGGGCGAUAAGGCGGCCGAGAUGACGGAGGCGCUAGCGCACGAGAUGGGCAUACCGACCUGGGGGCUCGUGUCGAUCAUCAUCGUCGUGGUACUGAUCAUACUGGGCGUUUGCGGUUUCUGCAUCCGGCGCUGCUUCCGAAAGAGACGAUCCAAAGAUGGCAAGAAGGGCAUGAAAGGCGUUGAUUUGAAAUCGGUUCAACCCGAUAUGGAGGAGCUGACGGAGAAUGCCGAGGAAGGUGAUGAGGGCGAAAGCAAACAGAGUGAGCAAAAGCUGGGCAAACUCCAGUACAAGUUGGAAUAUGAUUUCAAUUCGAAUGCUCUCACCGUCACCGUGAUACAGGCGGAGGAACUCCCUGCCCUAGACAUGGGCGGAACAUCCGAUCCGUACGUCAAAGUGUACCUACUGCCGGACAAGAAGAAAAAGUUCGAAACGAAAGUGCACCGUAAAACGUUGAAUCCGGUGUUUAACGAAUCGUUCACCUUCAAGAGUCUCCCAUAUGCAGAAGCGAUGAACAAGACGCUGGUAUUCGCUAUAUUCGAUUUUGAUCGUUUCUCCAAGCACGACCAAAUUGGGGAGGUAAAGGUACCCCUUUGCCAGAUCGAUUUGGCCCAAACGAUCGAGGAAUGGAGAGAGUUACAGAGCGUUGAGGGUGAAGGAGGGCAGGAAAAUAAGUUGGGAGACAUUUGCUUCUCAUUGCGCUAUGUACCCACUGCAGGUAAAUUAACUGUCGUUAUCUUGGAAGCGAAAAAUCUCAAAAAGAUGGAUGUUGGCGGUUUAUCAGAUCCAUACGUCAAGAUAGCCCUGAUGCAGAAUGGAAAGCGUUUGAAAAAGAAAAAGACUAGUAUCAAAAAAUGUACACUAAAUCCCUACUACAAUGAGUCGUUCUCAUUUGAAGUUCCUUUCGAACAAAUACAAAAAGUUAAUCUUGUCGUCACGGUAGUGGACUACGAUCGCAUCGGAACCUCGGAACCAAUCGGAAAGGUGGUGCUAGGCUACAACGCUAGCGGCACCGAGCUUCGCCACUGGUCGGACAUGCUCGCAUCGCCUAGGCGCCCGAUCGCGCAAUGGCACACGCUGAAAGACCCGGACGAUGAUAAGAAGGAUUAAGCGGCGACAACGAGUACUUAAAAAAAAACAAACAAACCCACAACAACCCACGAAGGACGUAGAGGAGGAGUACAUAACAACAGUACAGUUGGGAUCGAAACACCAUCCCAAUCUACCCUCGCAAAAUCUAACCUCCCCCCAUUAUCAGGCAAAGAAAAUGGUUGGACCCCUUCAGGUUGAACCUUGGGACAUGUGUGAGAGAGACAGUCAUAUAUGUUACAAGUUGCGCUGUAAAAUAACCUCGACAAAGGUCUUCGGUAAUAUACCCGGGUUUAGCACAAUUGUUCUCCCUUGAGUUGACCUUUUCCGCUUUUCAUUGGGAAUUAACUGUACCGAUUCAAACCCCAACUACUACUACUACUGCGCGGGGGCGGGAAGUGAGAAUUUUCCCAACCUAACGUGGAUCUACUAUGAUUUUGCGUACACACACAAGAGACACGCGCGACGCUUUAGUGCAAUGAUGAACCAAGUUCAUCCAGACACGCCAUCAUUAAAAUAUCGACAAAAGAAAACUGCGGAUGAAUUUGCGGUUUGAUUUGCUUACAUGCUUUAACAACCACAUUUGUGUGUACAGUUUUACUAUAAUUGUUCUCUUGUUUGUUUGUUCAAUCUGACCAAAAGCCAGAAAAGUAUUGACAUUCGGUUAACUAAGCGGUGCUCUUUGCUUGUUGUAUCCACUAUACACACCACACCGCUAACCAAUUUUUCCCCCUCAUUUGUCGCCUAUAUUUCCCACAUUUUACACACGACCGUUACGUGUCGGUAUGUGUGUGUGUGUAUGCGUGUCUGCAUUUAUUAUUACAAAUAAAACAAAUAAAUACGUUAAAACGAACAUUAAAAGGACAACGCGCUCGAUGCAUUGAAACAGCACCACCUACACUGGUAGAAUUGCAAAAGAGCGAAAGAGUAAACAAAAAAAAUAACACACACACACACAUAUGUUCAUCGCAUCGCAAAAGUAAGAUGAAAUGAAAACGAA